UCGCCUGCCGAACCAUCACCAAAAGAUGCUUCCUUUUUUACUCAUUUCUCGUGAUCCCUCCUCCUCCACACCUCACUUAUGUAUAAAUACCACACCCAACUUACAGUGACUCUCGCGUAAUCUUCAGCUUAAGAUUUGUACUUGAGCUUGUUUUGUUAGGUUAUCGGCGCAAGAAAAUGGACAAGAAACAGACAAUUCUGCAGACUCAUUUUGUGGAUAUACAUGAAGCUUUACCAGAAGAAGACGAAGAGAGGAUAAUUAAAAUGGAGGAUAGCGAUAAUAACGUGGAAAAGAAAAUGAAUAGACCCAUCAGAGUUAGGGAGGCGAAGAGGCCCCAGAAAAGUUUUGGCAGGCAGCUUUCGCUUGAGACUGGAUUCUCUAUGCUGAACAAAGAAUCAAAGGCUAAGGAUGACAGGAAGGCUCUGCCGAGAAGUGGGAGAAGUUUCGGAGGGUUCGAUUCGGCCAACAGGAUUGGUUUGGAAGGAGGGCGCAAAGGAGACUUCAGUAUCUUCAAGACCAAAUCCACUCUGAGUAAGCAGAAUUCUCUGUUGCCCUCAAAGAAGGAGAAGGAGCUGGAGUCUCACAGAAGUGAUGGCUCCAAUGGCAUUGAUGAAUCUGUCAACAGAAGCGUUCCCGCUGGUAGAUACUUUGCAGCUCUUCGUGGACCUGAGUUAGACGAAGUCAAGGAAUCAGAGGACAUUCUUCUGCCCAAAGAUGAGAAAUGGCCAUUUCUUCUGCGGUUUCCAAUAGGAUGCUUUGGUAUCUGUCUUGGCCUAAGUAGCCAAGUGGUUCUGUGGCGGGCCCUUGCAACAAGCCCAGCCACCAAGUUCCUCCAUAUCACCCCAUUCAUAAACUUCGGCCUCUGGUUAUUGGCCCUAGCAGUUCUAGUCUCUGUCACCAUCACCUACAUUCUCAAAUGCAUAUUCUACUUCGAAGCGGUCAAAAGAGAAUAUUUCCAUCCAGUUCGAGUCAACUUCUUCUUUGCCCCUUGGGUUGUCUGCAUGUUCUUAGCCAUCGGUGCACCUCCAAAAAUUGCUCCUGGAACACUUCACCCCGCCAUUUGGUGUGUUUUCAUGGCACCAUAUUUCCUCCUGGAACUCAAAAUCUAUGGGCAGUGGCUUUCUGGGGGUAAAAGACGACUCUGUAAGGUGGCAAAUCCUUCUUCUCAUCUCUCUGUGGUGGGAAAUUUUGUUGGGGCAAUUUUAGCUUCGAAAGUAGGUUGGAAGGAGCCUGCCAAAUUCUUGUGGGCUGUUGGAUUCGCACAUUAUCUGGUGUUGUUUGUGACUUUAUAUCAGAGAUUGCCAACUAGCGAGGCUCUCCCAAAGGAGCUCCACCCUGUGUACUCCAUGUUUAUUGCAGCUCCCUCCGCUGCCAGUCUUGCUUGGGAAAACAUUUACGGUGAAUUUGAUGGCCUAUCCAGAACUUGCUUCUUCAUCGCUUUGUUUCUCUAUAGUUCACUUGUGGUGCGCAUCAAUUUCUUCACCGGUUUCAGAUUUUCAGUGGCGUGGUGGUCGUAUACGUUUCCCAUGACGACAGCGUCAGUGGCGACUAUAAAGUAUGCAGAGCAGGUGCCGUCGGUAAUAAGCAAGGGCCUUGCGCUGGGGCUUUCGUUCAUGUCUUCGACGAUGGUGUCUGUUUUGUUCGUGUCCACUCUUCUUCAUGCCUUCGUCUGGCAUACGUUGUUUCCGAACGAUCUUGCCAUUGCCAUAACCAAGAGAAGACAGGGUAGGGAGAAGAAGCCUUUGAAGAAGGCCUAUGACAUAAAGCGUUGGACCAAGAGAGCUCUCACCAAGAACAACUCUGUGAACAAGGACACUGCCCAAGAAUAAUUAAUAAUGAGACUCAAUUCCGUGCUUAAGAAAGCCAGACAACCUAUUUCGAUAAUUUCCCAGGAUUAUAAUUCCAACCUUUACGCUCGAGAGACCUGUAUUUAAGUGGUAGGCUGUAAAAUUGUUUACCUAGGCUCGGUUAUUUAUAUCAGACAAUCUUCAGCUAUUUAAUAUAGUCUUCUCC